ACGCCCCCGGAGCCAAGACGUGAAGGGAGUGCCAAGGCGGUCGGGGGCGGCGAGCGGGGCCGUGGGUGCGCACCGACUCAAGCGCCGACUGUCAGCCUCGGCGGGCUGGAGUUCGCCGGCGCGGGGACAGGGGCGCUGGGGGCGCGCCCUGGCGGGGGCCGGUCCGAGGACCCGGGGCGCGGCGGCCCCGCCAGGAGGUCCGGCCGCGAGCGUGACCUCACGGGGAGGGGCCAGCGCGGCGGCCUGGGCGCUGAGCCGAGCGCCGGGAGAGCAGCGCCGAAGCCGAGCAGCGCCGAAGCCGAGCCGCGAGGAGCGUACUCCGUGGCCCCGAUGGAGCGGUACAAAGCCCUGGAACAGCUGCUGACGGAGUUGGAUGACUUCCUCAAGAUUCUUGACCAGGAGAACCUGAGCAGCACAGCCCUGGUGAAGAAGAGCUGCCUGGCAGAGCUCCUCCGGCUUUACACCAAAAGCAGCAGCUCUGAUGAGGAGUACAUUUAUAUGAACAAAGUGACCAUCAACAAGCAACAGAAUGCAGAGUCUCAAGGCAAAGCGCCUGAGGAGCAGGGCCUGCUGCCAAAUGGGGAGCCCAGCCAGCACUCCUCGGCCCCUCAGAAGAGCCUUCCAGACCUGCCGCCACCCAAGAUGAUUCCAGAACGGAAACAGCUUGCCAUCCCAAAGACGGAGUCUCCAGAGGGCUACUAUGAAGAGGCUGAGCCAUAUGACACAUCCCUCAAUGGUCACUCUGGCGGAUUUCUCCCCACUGGAGUCCCCAGAUGGGUGCAGGUGCCCGAAGGAGUCAUUUAUGCCACGAUCACCUUGGAGGACGGAGAGGCUGUGAGCAGCUCCUACGAGUCCUACGAUGAAGAGGACGGCAGCAAGGGCAAGUCGGCCCCUUACCAGUGGCCCUCGCCAGAGGCCGGCAUCGAGCUGAUGCGCGACGCCCGCAUCUGCGCCUUCCUGUGGCGCAAGAAGUGGCUGGGACAGUGGGCCAAGCAGCUCUGUGUCAUCAAGGACAACAGGCUUCUGUGCUACAAAUCCUCCAAGGACCACAGCCCUCAGCUGGAUGUGAACCUACUGGGCAGCAGUGUCAUUCACAAGGAGAAGCAAGUGCGGAAGAAGGAGCACAAGCUGAAGAUCACGCCGAUGAAUGCCGACGUGAUUGUGCUGGGCCUGCAGAGCAAGGACCAGGCUGAGCAGUGGCUCAGGGUCAUCCAGGAAGUGAGCGGCCUGCCUUCCGAAGUAGCAUCUGAAGGAAACCAGUACACCCCGGAUGCCCAGCGCUUUAACUGCCAGAAACCAGAUAUAGCUGAGAAGUACUUGUCAGCUUCAGAGUAUGGGAGCUCCGUGGAUGGCCACCCUGAGGUCCCAGAAACCAAAGACGUCAAGAAGAAAUGUUCUGCUGGCCUCAAACUGAGCAACCUAAUGAAUCUGGGCAGGAAGAAAUCCACCUCACUGGAGCCUGUGGAGAGGUCCCUCGAGACGUCCAGUUACCUGAACGUGCUGGUGAACAGCCAGUGGAAGUCUCGCUGGUGCUCUGUCAGGGACAAUCACCUGCACUUCUACCAGGACCGGAACCGGAGCAAGGUGGCCCAGCAACCCCUCAGCCUGGUGGGCUGCGAGGUGGUCCCAGAUCCCAGCCCCGACCACCUCUACUCCUUCCGCAUCCUCCACAAGGGCGAGGAGCUGGCCAAGCUUGAGGCCAAGUCUUCCGAGGAAAUGGGCCACUGGCUGGGUCUCUUGCUCUCCGAGUCAGGCUCCAAGACAGACCCAGAAGAGUUCACCUACGACUAUGUGGAUGCUGAUAGGGUUUCCUGUAUUGUGAGUGCGGCCAAAAACUCUCUCUUACUGAUGCAGAGAAAGUUCUCAGAGCCCAACACUUACAUCGAUGGCCUGCCUAGCCAGGACCUCCAGGAGGAGCUGUAUGAUGACGUGGAACUGUCGGAGCUCACAGCUGCGGUGGAGCCUACCGAGGAAGCCACCCCUGUUGCGGAUGACCCAAAUGAGAGAGAAUCUGACCGAGUGUACCUGGACCUCACACCUGUCAAGUCCUUUCUGCACGGCCCCAGCAGUGCACAGGCCCAGGCCUCCUCCCCGACGUUGUCCUGCCUGGACAAUGCGACUGAGGCCCUCCCUGCAGACCCAGGCCCAGGUCCCACCCCAGAUGAGCCCUGCAUAAAGUGUCCAGAGAAUCUGGGAGAACAGCAGCUGGAGAGUUUGGAGCCAGAGGAGGCUUCCCUGAGAAUCACCACCGUCAAAAUCCAGACUGAACAGCAGAGAAUCUCCUUCCCACCAAGCUGCCCGGAGGCCGUGGUGGCCACCCCACCUGGUGCCAGCCCACCUGUGAAGGACAGGUUGCGCGUGACCAGUGCAGAGAUCAAGCUUGGCAAGAAUCGGACAGAAGCUGAGGUGAAGCGGUACACAGAGGAGAAGGAGAGGCUUGAAAAGAAGAAGGAAGAAAUCCGGGGACACCUGGCUCAGCUCCGGAAAGAGAAACGAGAGCUAAAGGAAACCCUACUGAAAUGCACAGACAAGGAAGUCCUGGCCAGCCUGGAGCAGAAGCUGAAGGAAAUUGACGAGGAGUGCCGGGGCGAGGAGAGCAGGCGCGUGGACCUGGAGCUCAGCAUCAUGGAGGUGAAGGACAACCUGAAGAAGGCUGAGGCAGGGCCUGUGACGUUAGGCACCACCGUGGACACCACCCACCUGGAGAACGUGAGCCCCCGCCCCAAAGCUGUCACACCCGCCUCUGCCCCAGACUGUACCCCAGUCAACUCUGCAACCACACUCAAGAACAGGCCUCUCUCGGUCAUGGUCACAGGCAAAGGCACUGUCCUCCAGAAAGCCAAGGAAUGGGAGAAGAAAGGAGCAAGUUAGAAAACAAGCUUCAUCUAAAGACUGUCAUGUCAAUGUGAACCUUGGUGACAAUCCUGCUUUGUUAAAGCAAAAACUCUGCAAAAGGGUGAGUCUGUUUAGAAGAAAAAGCAAAGACUGAGGUACUGUGAAUGGAGCGCUUUGGCUAAGAGGAGGCUCUGUCCCUUUUCAGAGCCAAAGGAAAUAAUACAACAAAAAGGAGGCUUCUUUGGAGACCUAAGUCUAUUGGAUGUAAACAAGACGUUGUAUUUAGGGAUGUUCUGUGUUUCCUUCUUUUUUCAAGUUGUCAUCAAUUGCUUUACUAAGAUUUUUAAAUAGUGAAAACCUCGUGUUUAGACUUUGGUGGAAGAUGAAUCAAGGAAGCAGGGCCCCGUCUUAUGGGUCACGUGGCUUUGGUGAGUGAGAAGACCUAAAGUCCUGGCCAUCAUCUCUUAUCCAAUACUUAGCCGUUGGGGAUUAAACCAUCCUUGCCUUCAAUUCUCUCCAAUAUUACCAGGCCCAACUCAGUCUUCAGUGAUUUUAAACAGCAUUGACAUCAUCUGUAAAACCAUCUAUGACAUGAGUUUUGAGAAACAAUAACGGGAAAAUAUUUGGGACCAAGCUGAAGCACUGAUCUCACUAAGUUAAAGACUUCUUUCCAGUCCAAGGCAGGCCUGAAUCAACUGUCUCUUUAAAUAAAAUUUUAAGUGAUGCUGUAUUAUAUAUAGGAAAAAAAUGCUUAAAAUCCUGUCAUUUAGAACAGUGAAAAGUAUCUUUUGAGAUUAAACUGACUCUUUACUGUAGGGGAAAAAAAAUUACUGUGUUUACAGAUUCAUUGCUGUGGUCGGGCCAUUUUUAAGGGACGAGUUAUUUAAUAUAAAUAGUCCCUGAUUUUAAGUUCUGUUUAAUGUUCAUUCCCCUUCCAAGAACAAAGUGGUGAUUUUUGGUUAGGGUGAUUGCCCUCUUAAAAUUGGCAGUGCUGUUCCUUGUGCUGCCCGUCUUUUCCUCUGAUGGCAUUUUUUUUUUUUUAACACAGGUUGAAACAUUUCAUCUAUUAUCACUGCCUCAUUUCUGAAGGGUUGUGUUUCAGUUCUUUAACACUUGUUCCUGAGAACUAAAGGUCUUUUUUAUUCUUAUUUCCUCUCUCAUAAACAUUUGGUGACCUUUUACCAAGUGGUGAGUUAGGUUUUUUAAAAUAAAAUGUUCAUUGUAUUUGAA